UCUCUGCACCUGCCGGCAACUAAAUCCCAGUGGUCCACGACCCCCCCUACGUAUUUAAUCCUUUCUUUAUUACUUUAAACUAAAAUAAACAAUUCAAUAUACCAAACCGCGACAGCCGGAAGGUAUAGUAACGUCACCGGUGCCACCUCACUCCCAGUUCCGAUUCACCUUCCUCAUUUUAAGAAACGCACCGCACUACGACACUCGCUCGCCGUUACUCUCUCUCUCGACGGACUCUAUAAACGCUGCGGUUUUUUCUUUUUCCGGGGAGUGGGAACCCGGGCUCUUUUCAGCUUUUUCGAGUCCCCUCUACUUCUCGUUGAUCCCGAAAACGAUGGGUUUCGGUUUUGCUAGCUCUCUGAGUCCACUCCGCCUCUGAUCUCUUGUUGCUCCUCUUCAUCCUCCGCUCUAAAGAUUGAAGCACUUGGUCUCCGUGAACUCUCAAACUCCGAAGGAUUCAAGCACCCGCUCCCGUUGAACCCGAGUACGCUCUGUUUGGGCUCUGGUCUUCCACGGUUCUUGUUUCCUGAGCAGAGUUCCUGCGGAUAGAGUGGAAAUCAUCAUUGCUUUCUUUGAGGUGCUCACAUGGCUACACUUAAGGAUAUAGAAGUUGCAGCGGCUAUCAAUAUCCUCACUGCAUUUGCUUUUUUUGUGGCAUUUGCCAUACUUCGGCUUCAACCCAUCAAUGAUAGGGUCUACUUUCCAAAAUGGUAUCUGAAGGGUUUAAGAAGCAGUCCACUCAACAGUGGUGCAUUUGUAGGCAGGUUCGUUAAUUUGGACUUCAGGUCAUACAUCAGGUUUUUGAACUGGAUGCCUGCUGCAUUGCAAAUGCCAGAACCUGAGCUAAUUGAUCAUGCAGGGUUGGAUUCUGCUGUUUACUUGAGGAUCUACUUAGUAGGGCUAAAAAUUUUUGUUCCUAUUACAUUCCUGGCUUUUGCAAUCAUGGUACCUGUCAAUUGGACUAAUGUCACCUUGGAGCACUCAGAUUUAACUUAUAGUGACAUAGAUAAGCUUUCUAUUUCAAAUAUUCCAAUUGGAUCUCAUAGAUUUUGGACCCAUUUGGUAAUGGCAUAUGUUUUUACCUUCUGGACCUGCUAUGUUUUAAAAAAGGAGUAUGAGAUAGUUGCAUCAAUGAGGUUGCAUUUUCUCGCAUCAGAACACCGGCGACCUGAUCAGUUUACAGUAAUAGUAAGAAAUGUGCCACCAGAUCCUGAUGAGUCAGUUGAUGAGCUUGUGGAACACUUUUUUCUGGUCAACCACCCUGAACACUAUCUCACCUAUCAGGUAGUUUACAAUGCAAACAGACUUUCUAAUCUUGUCAAGGAGAAGAAAAAAUUGCAGAACUGGCUUGACUACUAUCAACUUAAAUAUUCGAGAAAUCAAUCUUUGAGGCCUUCUUCAAAGACUGGCUUUCUAGGUCUUUGUGGUGAAAGGGUGGAUGCAAUUGAUUUUUAUACAUCUAAGAUUGAAAAUCUCUCAGAAGAGAUAGCCUCAGAGAGGGAGAAGAUUAUCAGCAGUCCUAAAUCAAUCAUGCCAGCAGCGUUUGUUUCUUUCAAAACUCGUUGGGGUGCUGCUGUUUGUGCACAAACUCAACAAUCGAGGAAUCCGACUAUAUGGUUAACUGAGUGGGCUCCAGAGCCACGUGAUGUAUAUUGGGAUAACUUGGCGAUUCCUUACGUUUCACUCACAAUUAGGAAGCUUAUUGUUGCGGUUGCUUUCUUCUUCCUUACCUUCUUUUUCAUGAUCCCUAUUGCAUUUGUACAGUCACUUGCAAACAUUGAGGGUAUUGAGAAAGCAGUCCCUUUCCUAAAGCCCAUAAUUGAAAUAAAAGUCAUAAAGUCAUUUAUCCAAGGUUUCCUUCCAGGAAUUGCUUUGAAGAUUUUUCUCAUUUUUCUACCGGCGAUAUUGAUGCUAAUGUCAAAAUUUGAAGGAUUUAUUAGCAUUUCUGCUCUAGAGAGGAUCUCUGCAACUAGAUACUAUAUUUUCCAAUUUAUUAAUGUCUUUCUUGGGAGCAUAAUUACUGGAACUGCAUUCCAACAACUAGAUAAUUUCAUCCACCAGUCAGCAAAUGAUAUCCCAAAGACAAUUGGUGUUUCCAUUCCGAUGAAGGCAACCUUCUUCAUAACUUAUAUAAUGGUUGAUGGGUGGGCUGGUGUUGCUGGAGAAAUUCUAAGGUUAAAGCCAUUGAUAAUUUAUCACUUGAAAAAUUUUUUACUGGUCAAGACUGAAAAGGAUAGGGAAGAGGCAAUGGAUCCUGGAACCCUUGGUUUCAAUACCGGAGAACCUCAAAUACAACUUUAUUUCUUGCUUGGCCUUGUUUAUGCUGUGGUGACUCCCAUUUUGCUCCCUUUCAUCUUGGUAUUCUUUGGCCUGGCAUAUGCUGUAUACCGGCAUCAGAUUAUAAAUGUCUACAAUCAGGAGUACGAGAGUGCUGCCGCAUUCUGGCCUGAUGUCCAUGGGCGCAUAAUAGUUGCUCUAGUUGUUUCCCAGUUGCUACUAAUGGGAUUACUAAGUACAAAAGAAGCUGCUCAGUCAACUCCAUUGCUUCUUGCGCUCCCAGUGUUGACCAUAUGGUUUCAUAUAUUUUGCAAAGGCCGUUAUGAACCUGCUUUUGUUAGAUAUCCAUUGCAGGAAGCAAUGAUGAAAGAUACCUUGGAACGUGCAAGGGAGCCAAACCUAAACAUGAAAGGCUUUCUACAAAAUGCCUACAUGCACCCAGUUUUCAAGGGAGGAGAUGAUAGUGAGAGUGAUGUUGCUUCGGGAGACGGGGAUCAGGAACCUGAGCUCGUCCCAACAAAGCGUCAGUCACGAAGGAAUACACCACUGCCCAGCAAGCAUAGCGGUUCAGUGUCAUCCCUGCCUGAAGCUGUUCAGGAACAUGCUCAACUUUUAUAGUGCGACUUGGGACUCUCCUCCACUUAAUAUGUUGGCACAUAAGGUCAACAGAAGGCAGUUGUAGUUCAUUCUCUAGUAAAGCAAAAUAAGGAAAAAUGGGG